AUGUUCGACAGCUACCUACAUGUGGGUCAAACGAAAAAGGUGUUAAUGGGUUUUAUUUUUACAGUUGCUGCACCAUGGAUUCUGUCAAACCGUUCCCUAUUGCUGCUCCUAGAAUAGUCAUCGUUGCAAUCGUCUACCUCUCACUCUUCUUGGACAACAUUUUGCUUACAGUUGUUGUUCCAAUAAUACCUGAUUACCUAUACACAAUGGAUGAAAACACAAGGCGAUUAUCUCUCAAGACAUAUGAACAAAUGAGUCAGUUUACAAAUAAGUCAGUUUUGGAGCAGGUUGUUGAUGAAAAUGUACCAGUGAGUUUGCUUCUAUCAUCCAAAGCAUUGGUUCAGCUAGUUAUGAAUCCUGUGGUAGGAGCUUUGACGAGUCACUGUGGUUACCAACUCCCUCUCUUCAUAGGCUCUCUUCACCUGCUACUAGCAGCAUUAUUAUUUGCAUUCAGUGAGAGCUACCUUGGACUGUUUAUUGCCAGGAGUCUGCAAGGGAUCGCUUCAGCUUGUAUUGGAGUGUCAGUGAUUGUUUGCCCAGGUAUGUGUCUGAUUGCUGAAUACUUCCCCACGGAGACUAGUCGCAGCAGAGUCAUGGGCUUCAUACUGGGCAGUGUCGCCCUCGGUGUACUACUGGGCUACCCCUUCGGAGGGUUUCUAUACGACUUCUUCGGAAAAACAAUUCCAUUUUUGUUUAUUGCAUUUUUUGUGUUGACUGACCUAGUACUCCAGCUCUCAUUUUUGGAUCUAAAGCCAACUUAUGAGGGAGCUGUGGUUCAGGAUGGUUGGUUGAGUCUUCUCACAGAUGGCUAUAUUGUCCUAUGCACUGCCGCUAUUUGGCUCUCCUCUUCAGCCAUGGCUAUUCUAGAGCCGUGUCUACCUCUUUGGCUUAUGGCUAAUAUUAAGCCACAGAAGUGGCAGCUCGGAACAGUGUUUAUACCAGACAGCAUUGGCUAUCUUCUCGGCACAAACUGUUUUGGUCUCAUAGCUCUGAGGUUGGGUCGGUGGAGAGUAGCUGUGGCUGCUAUGUUACUGGUUGGAGUAUCAGCAUUUAUGGUCCCCAGUGCCAAGACCAUGGCUCAGCUGACUCUACCUCACCUUGGCUUGGGUCUGGGUAUCGGAGUAGUAGACUCAGCUCUAGUACCUCUGCUAGCUACACUGGUCGACGCCAGACACUGCGCUCACUACGGCGUCGUCUACGCUUUGCAGCAGAUGGCUGUCAGCCUGGCUUACUGUCUUGGUCCAAUGAUAGGUGGAGAAGUGGUCCACCUGAUAGGGUUCCCUUGGUUGCUCAGAGCUGUGGGAAUCAUCAACAUUGUUUAUUGUCCUCUGUUGAUUCUGCUAAGUCGCCAAGCCUCAUCAACGUCACAGACUGCUGCAAUCACAGAAAGUUACCAGGUCAACUACAAGACUAAUGAGGAGAGUAAGGUCUCUAGGAACAAGUAUGAAAGAUUCUUUAAUCCUGAUGAUGAGAGUGAUUAAUGGGCUGAAUAAUAAAUAAUAAAUAUUUAACAGUUAUUAGUAUAUGUCAGAAAAUGUUCAAUCAAAAGUGUUUCUUAUAAAAAUGUU